AUGAAGCAACCGACGCAGAUUACGCAGUAUCUGCAGUACAAGCAGGAUACUCAAGACGUGGCGACCUGGCUGUUGACAACCGACCCGGAGUUCAAGCCCAAGGGCCCCGGCAGGCUCAAGGGUAAGGCGCGAAAGGACGCAAAAGAAGGCAAACCAUCCCCUCAAGGCCCUACCGAGUACGUGCUGACGCUCAAGGAGCUGGUCGAGCGCGCAAAGCGGAUUGUAGCCGGCGGCCAGGUCCAAGAGGUGCCGGCAUUGAUUGCGAUCAAACUGCGUCGUUCGAUCGUGCGGCGGAGAUAUCAGCGACGGUACUACGCGCAAGACGGUGACACCGCGUCGAACGCCAGCCAUGAGCAUUUUGUGAGUGUACUGGAAGAGAUGGAGGAGAUCCUCAAACCGAUCCUGCCCAGGAACACGCGCAAGGAGGAGCAGCCGAGCUCCGACGCUGCAGCGCUGGGGAACAUGUUCGAGGCGUUGGAGCUCGAGGAGACGGCCCCGGAGACGGAGGAGCCUUCGUCGAGCAGCAGCACAGCGGCGACAACCCCUACGCCUGAGACGCCGGCAGACGUGAUCUGCACGCUCGAGCAGGCAGCUGCGGAUAAGCCAACCGGGCUAUUUGCGCUCGAGAUGGUCAUGCAGGACCUGUGGCAUAUGAUGCGUUUCGUGCGGGAAUCGUGGCAGCAGUACCGCGAGGGACGGCUUUCCGUCACGGCCGCGGCAAUCGCAGGAAUGGUGGCUCAGGGGAUACACAUGAACUCAAUGACAGAGCUGAGGGAGGAGGAGAUCUUUAUUCCCGUGGACUUUGAUGCUUGGAUCGGAUCGCUGCUUGUGAUCCGUGACAUCCGCCGUGCGGCAGCCAAAGGAGACGAAGCAGAUGGCGAGGAUUUCCAAGGAUUCGACCGCUUCCUCACAGACUUGUCCAGCCUGCCAUCGUUGAUUGAAGACUUCACCGCACACCGGAAUGUAACUGGAGAUAAUGCUGCUACUCUGCUUGCAGAGCUACCCAAGUGUGACUGGACCGGGGAUAUGAGUUCCGAGGAACGGCAUCGCACGCUGGUCGAGGAGGCCCUCUUGCAACACAUGGUGUUUUACCUGUGGCAGAAAUCACAAGCACCGCAAGACCUGCCAGUGUGGGACAUCCUUACGUAUGAAACAAAUCAGCUGUACCGUAGCCUCGAACUCUCAAUCAAUAUGGUUAUCGCGGCCUGGGCACACAUCGAAGUGCGAUCGGCCUUGGGACCGGAGCAUGGUAAGGCAUAUGCUGAGCUCCAGGCCUUUGCCGACUCUGCGGUGCCACAGAUCUCUGAGCUCCUUGAGGGACACCCUGUUAUGCCCGAGAUAUACCGGGAACUCGAGACUGGGGCGCUGAAGUUUCGGGAGGAGUUACGAUAUUGGACCAGCCCCGACCUCACUCAGGCUUGCCAGCUGUUGACCGCGCUACCUGAGUUAAGCGAACAGCUCUUGACCUAUUGGAAGGUCGGCUUCUAUUACGAGGGCAUCCGAUGGGCCAAUGAUUUUGGCGCCCUGGUUAGUCUUGUGCAGCUGUAUAACGCAGCUAAACAGGAGGAUAUACUGCCGCCUGGGUGGUCAUGGCCCACCGGGCAACGGCUGAUGGCGAGAUAUCCUGAUAUGUUUGUUGAGAGAAGGCCUCCCAGAUCGCGCCGGAAAUACGAGGAUGCUCUGCGCAGGGUAUACGGGUUUCCCGCCGAUCGAGGGCGUGAGAUGCGGCAGGUCUGGCAGUUUACCCUGCAGGUGAGCUUGCUCAAUAGUCUCGACAUGUUCAACUGGACCGCAGCUGAGAUCUCGCGCGUUUUGCAGGAAUCACGCCUGUGCCCGAGCUUGGCCGCGUCCAUGAGGAAACGAGGUGGCGAACCCAAUCUCCGUCCGGUCGAUGCCCUGGAGCGACUGCGCCAGUGCAUCGAGGACGAAGUGAUUUUGAUCAACGAUACUGCCUGGUUUCGCUAUCACGUUGGCGCCUGGAAGAUAGUUCAUCGGCUAUACGAGAUGAUGGCGACGCUGUCUGGUCCGGACGACCAGAGGAUACGCGAGUGGGAGCUUUGUUUGCACUUUAGGAAUAUCUCCUAUAUAACUAUUGACCUCUUUCAUCACCCAAGGUGGCGGGAGUUGCUUCAGCAGCUGGCGCAAUUCAUGCAAGAGGUUUUCCCUUGA